UAGCAUAAAAAUGUUUUCAGGGAUUCAAGGACUGUUGAACAGAAGCAAGAAGUUGAAGGGAAGUGUGGUGUUGAUGCAUAAGAAUGUGCUGGAUAUCAACGCCAUUAAGUCAGCCAAAAGCGCCACCGGUAUCCUCCGCGGCGCCGCCGGUGUCGUCAGUGAUCUGGUGGGAAACUCAGUCGACACUCUCACUUGCUGUGCGGGACGAUCUGUGGCUCUCUGGUUGAUCAGCGCCACCGCUGCCGAUGGAAAUGGACAUGGAAAAGUGGGAAAGAAGACAUAUCUGGAAGGAAUUAUUUCCUCGAUACCAACUUUGGGAGCUGGCCAAUGUGCAUUUGAUAUUCAUUUUGAAUGGGACAGUGACAUGGGAAUUCCUGGAGCCUUUUUAAUACAAAAUCAUAUGCAACUUGAGUUCUUCCUAGUCAGUUUAACUCUCGAAGAUAUUCCUAAUCAUGGAACCAUGCACUUUUCUUGUAACUCAUGGCUUUACAACUAUAAAAAUUACGAAAAGGAUCGAAUUUUCUUUGCCAACGAGACAUAUAUUCCAAGUGAAACACGGACACUAGUGAGUUACAGAGAAGCAGAAUUGCAGACUCUAAGAGGAAAUGGAACAGGAAAACGUAAGGAAUGUGACAGAAUUUAUGAUUACGAUGUUUACAAUGAUUUGGGCAAACCCGACAGCAGUGAAAACCUUGCUCGCCCAGUUCUUGGAGGAUCUGUCACUUAUCCCUACCCUCGAAGAGGAAGAACUGGUAGAAAACCUACCAAAAAAGAUCCCAACAGUGAGAAACCGAGCGAUAAUUUUUACGUUCCAAGAGAUGAAAAUUUCGGUCAUUUGAAGUCAUCCGACUUCCUUACUUAUGCGGUAAAAGCUGUAUCUCGAAACUUCUUGCCACUGUUCAGAUCUUCAUUUGAUCUGAGUUUCACACCAAGUGAGUUUGAUAGCUUCGAAGAUGUACGUAAUCUAUGUGAAGGUGGAGUUAAACUGCAUACAGAUCUACUCUCCAAAAUUAGCCCUUUACCUGUGCUCAAAGAAAUCUUUCGCACAGAUGGUGAAAGCGUCCUCAAGUUUUCAGUGCCUCAUGUAAUCAGAGUCAGUAAAUCUGCAUGGAUGACCGAUGAAGAAUUUGCAAGAGAGAUGAUUGCAGGUGUAAAUCCUUGCUUGAUUACCUGUCUAAAAGAGUUUCCACCUCAAAGCAAUUUGGAUCCCUCCAUCUAUGGUGAUCAAUCCAGUAAAAUAACUAAGCAACACUUGGAGAUUAACCUUGAAGGGUUCACAGUAGAUAAGGCAAUUGAAGGCAAGAGACUGUUCAUAUUAGAUCACCAUGAUGUGUUUAUGCCGUUUUUGACAAGGCUAAACGAAUUAAAAACUACAAAGGCUUAUGCCACGAGGACAAUCCUUUUCUUGAAAGAUGAUGGGACCUUAAAGCCAUUGGUCAUCGAAUUAAGUUUGCCAAAUUCAGUUGAACACCAACGUGGUUCCAUCAGUAAAGUGAUAUUGCCCGCAAACCUUGGAGUUGAAAGUACAAUUUGGCUGCUAGCCAAGGCUCAUGUUAUUGUGAAUGAUUCCUGCUAUCAUCAGCUCAUAAGCCACUGGUUGAAUACUCAUGCUGUAAUCGAACCCUUUGUCAUAUCAACAAACAGAAAUCUCAGUGUUCUUCACCCUAUUUAUAAACUUCUAUUUCCUCAUUAUCGUGACACAAUGAAUAUCAAUGCACUUGCUCGAGAAUCACUAAUCAAUGCUGAGGGCGUUAUAGAGCAAUCCUUUUUGGGUGGAAAAUAUGCAAUUGAGAUAUCUUCGGCAGCUUACAAAAAUUGGGUGUUUCCUGACCAAGCCUUACCUACUGAUCUUAUAAAGAGAGGCAUGGCUAUUAAGGAUUCAUCUUCUCCAAAUGGUCUUGGUCUUGUGAUAAAGGACUACCCGUAUGCUGUUGAUGGAUUAGAGAUAUGGAACGCAAUCGAGACAUGGGUCCGUGAAUAUGUCUUGUUGUAUUAUGUUACAGAUGAUGCAGUUAAAAAGGAUAUUGAACUUGAAGCUUGGUGGAAAGAAGUUGUUGAAAAAGGUCAUGGUGACUUAAAAGAUAAGGCAUGGUGGCCUAAAUUACACACUCGUGAAGAGCUGAUUCGAUCUUGUAGUACCAUCAUAUGGAUUGCUUCAGCUUUUCAUGCAGCAGUUAAUUUUGGACAAUAUCCUUACGGUGGCUUUAUACUGAAUCGUCCAACUCUAAGCAGAAGAUUGAUUCCAGAAAAGGGAACUCCAGAAUAUGAAGAGAUGUCAAAGAAUCCUCAAAAGGCUUAUUUGAGAACAAUUACACCAAAGUAUCAGGCUCUUGUUGACCUUUCAGUGAUAGAGAUACUAUCAAGACAUGCCUCUGACGAGGUGUACCUUGGACAGAGGGACAAUCCAAAUUGGACGUCUGAUUCAAGGGCCAUAGAAGCCUUUAAAAAGUUUGGAAAAAGGCUAGAAGACAUUGAGACAAAAAUCUCAGAAAGGAAUCAUGAUCCAAAUCUUAAAAAUCGAACUGGACCAGCUGAAUUGCCUUACACUUUGCUUCUUCCUACUAGUGAAACGGGGUUGACUUUUAGAGGAAUUCCCAACAGCAUCUCUAUCUGAGUGUGGGUUGAAAAUUUAGGUUGUUUUUAACUUAACAGAGUAAUAUUAUAAUGUCUUUCUGUGUAUUCUUGUAUUGUUCUUAACUUUUACAGAAGGUUUGUUAUGUUA